AUGGAGUCCCAACUGGGGGAGCCUGAGAUAAUUCCCUCGGGCGGACCUGGUCCAGUUGACCUUCCAAAUGGAAAGCGCCGCUGGCGGCGCAACCGAGUGGCAUGCGAUGCCUGCCACGUUCGUCGAGUGCGAUGCGACCGCGCAUUUCCCUGCUCUCGAUGUUUACGAAGUGAUACCAGCUGCGAAUUUACACGUGAGCGGCGCAAGCGCGGGCGGAUUGCUCGUGCGAAGCUCAUCAAUAACUCCAACCGAACAGCUCUCGUCGAGGAGGAGGAGGAGGAGGAGGAGGAGAUCAGCGCGCAUUCGCAAUUUCCGCCAAGAAAGGAUUCCCAGGAGCAUAAACUAGCACCUCACGACCUGUUACCGCGUCGGCUACAGAGCUCUCCCGAGUCCCUUUCCAACCAGCAGUCACCUCAAACAAACGCGAUCAGUCUCUCUGCGGCCAGCGUGGACGGUGGCCCACCAGCCGUUGCAGACGGCUCACGGCCCCAGCAGCCCACGUUGGCUGCCAGGCCCGCACCGGCCGCCCGACAGGAGGGCAAUUCUACGGAAGAAUGGCUGUCGAAUGCAAAUCUCUCGCCUGAGUCAUACGAUAUACUGGGAGGAAUCAAUGGAGCCGACGGGCCCUUACCGCGACUGUGGGAUAUCUGGACCUCCGGUGAUCAGGCGGGACCGCACCCGCAGAGACGACCGACGCAGAUCUCUCCGGUACCUGCACCAGCACAUGCGGCGCCAGGCGCAUCAACGAGCACCAAGCGGCCGGGGCUGAAGUAUCCCGUUCUGGAGCCCGUGAUGCCCUAUCUGGAGUCAAACCUCCCACGCCGCUUGGUGUGUGAUCUUCUCGAACUGUACUUUACUAGCUCCUUCUCCACACACAUGCAUCCCGUCUGUCAUCACAUCCACUGUUAUGUUUUACGAAAGGCAUCUUUUCUCAGCUCGGACCGUCCGCGACCAAGCAGUCCGGCUUUGCUGGCCAGUAUGCUGUGGGUGGCGGCGGUGGACGAUCGGGCCUUUUCCCUCUCCAUCUCGCCUCUCCAACGGCGGAAGAUCUGCCAGUUCUUGUGUGCGUUGACAAUUCGGCUGUUGCGACCUUUGAUCCAUGUGUCCUUCAAGGACCAGGAACCCACUGAGAAUAUCAACGGGACGCAAGACUAUUCUGCAUCAGCUGCACAUCACCCGUUCCAAGGUUCCGGUGACGACAAGGGCCUGGUAGGCCCAGCAGGAUGUUUGGACGACGUAAUUACCUACAUACAUGUGGCGUCUAUUAUCUCCUCGAGUGAGCAGAAAGCAGCGAGUAUGCGAUGGUGGCACGCGGCUUUCACGAUGGCUCGAGAGCUCAAGUUGAAUCAAGAAAUUGAGGUAAUGCCCAAUAUUGACAACCAAACGGAUGGGUCCAGUCCUUCCUUUGGCUACCCGUUGGGUGGCUGGGCGAGUUCGCCGGAAGGCCCUGUGUUUGACUACUCGAAUCCCUCCCGUCCAAGCUUGAACUGUGUAUGCGAGGAUGCUCACAAUCCACGAAGUAACCAGCCUAUGACGGAGGAGCAUCGCGAGGAACGGCGGCGAACGUGGUGGUUAUUGUAUAUUAUGGACCGCCAUCUAGCACUCUGUUACAAUCGGCCGCUGGCACUUCUGGAUGCGGAAAGCGAAGACUUGCUUCUGCCACUCGACGAAGCUGCUUGGCAAGCGGGCAACAUACACACGAACAGCCCUCGUGCCGAUGGGCCCCAGUGCGUCCGAUCCGGGAGCCUGAAUAAACGGCGCGUGUUUCCCAACUUCAUCUGUCACGACCCGUCCAUUUUAGGGUUCUUCUUACCAUUGAUGACCAUCACGGGUGAACUGAUCGAUUUGAACCAAGCCCGAAACCACCCGACGCUUGGCCUUCGCCUGCAAGGGAAGGAAGCCUGGGAGAUGCAUGUCUCCGAGGUCCUCCGCCAACUGGAGGUUUAUAAAGCGAGCCUCACCACCUUUGCCACCAGUGACCCGGACCCUGCCUUCUUGAAUCAGUAUGCGGGGACGGAUCCGCAGUCCGAUGCCUCCUUGUCGCAAGCGUACUCGUGGCAUCGCCAGACCGUGAUUGCGUACUCCUCUUACCUCGUCCACGUCUUACAUAUCCUCCUCGUCGGCAAAUGGGACCCAGUCUCUCUGAUCGAGGACAAGGACUUUUGGACCUCCUCUCCAGCAUUUGCUUCCACCAUUUCACACGCCCUGGAGGCGGCCGAUGCUGUUCAGCAAAUUCUUCGAUUUGACCCGGACAUCAGUUUCAUGCCCUACUUUUUCGGCAUUCAGCUCCUGCAAGGCAGUUUUCUGCUGCUUCUGAUUGUGGAGCGGCUGCAAAAGGAAGCCGGUGAUGGGAUUCUCAACGCGUGCGAAACGAUGAUCCGGGCCACUGAAUCUUGUGUAGUCACCCUCAAUACCGAGUAUCAGCGCAGCUUCCGCCAAGUUAUGCGAAGUGCGGUCGCCCAGGCGCGCGGUCGACCUGUCAAUCCGAGCGAGAUUAGACACCGUCGUAAGGCCGUGUUGGCGUUAUAUCGAUGGACAAGGAAGGGAACCGGCCUUGCACUCUAG